AAUUAUUCAAUAGUACUUGAUUGGCAUGAAAAAUAGAUAUGGGAUAGGAUUUCGGUAUGAAGAUUGAAAGAUCAUGCACCAUUUGAUUUUAUAGAAUUAAUUUCUGUCUGAUUUCUGAUUAUAUUUAGUUAAUAAAAUAAAAUCUUUUCUGGUAAAACUGUUAUGAAGCGAGGAAAGAAAAGUGUGAAAAGGAUCAAAAAAACCAAAACCAAAAAAAUUUUCACACAGACGGAGCUCGGAACGGAGUUAGAAAAGCCGGGAAAUUCGAGUAAUCCGAAAACCGGUUUCACGCAUCUCGUUUGCCAACUUCGGUGCACAAUUGCUAAACCGGUAAUAGCACGGGCGUCUAACAUACCGGCUUAAUAUCCGAGGAGACAGGAUAAUAACUUUGCUACAAUU